CUGCUCGCCUUCCCCCCCGCCCCGCCCGCGCCCCACUGGCACACCUACCCCGGCCUGCCGCUCGAUGCCGCCGCCCUCGCGCGGUUCACCACCGCGGCCGCCGUCGCCGUCACCGCCGCCGCCACUGCCCACGCCCUGCCGCACAACGUCGUGAAAACGGUGGAGAGAUCGGACAAGGCGAUCCAGUUCGAUGCGCAGCCGGAGCCCCGCGAUAACGAUAACGAUGAUAAGGGUAUCGAGCGCGCGGCCGCCGCGUCAGACGGCAUCGGAGUGAUCGCGGAGGACGUCGCGGCCGACAUGCCGGACCACCUCGACGCCGAAAGGGCGUUCGCCUCGUCGAACGAAUCGGCCGACUCUAGCGACGAGGGCGAGGUCGAGCGGCGCAGCUACGACCUGCGGAGCGGCGCGCCCGACGAGCCCGCCACCUCCGACGAGGACUCCGAGGACUCGGGCGGCGUCGGCGGCCGGUUCUCGCGCGUCUUCGUCGUCAACCCCGCCGACUCCUCGUCGGACGUCGAGGCCGACGCCGACAGCAGCGGCAUCGACUGCGAUGACUCCUUCGACAAAAAGUCGGACAGCCUCGAGAUAAUGGCGGUAGAGAAUGUUAUGCAAAAUAAUGCCGAUUGCGUCGCCGAACCGAAUUCAGAUAACGCUGCGGACGACGAUAACGUCGUCAUUUUGGAGUCCGUCAGCUUUUCGGAGGACUACUCGGACCUGCCCUACGCUAGUAAUAAUGGUAGCGACGUCGGCGCGGAUAGUGACUUAAAAUUGGCAAACGAAAUCGUUGAUGAUAACAUGCUUCAAAGCGAAACCUGUGAAAAGUUCAAUAGUUUUAGUGCAGCGUGCGACAUUCGUGAUCUAAAUCAAGAAAGUAAUCAAGAGAGUGAUCGAAGCCGCAGCCCGUCAUUGAACAUCGAGUGCGACUCCCUAGAUAACUCGUUCAACUCGGACUUCAAUAUCAAAGUGUGCGUCGAACUGCCCGACGACCGGCCGAGCUCGGCGAGGAACGUCGCGACCGACUCCCAGCCGUCGCUAUUGACAAACAUCGCCGCAGAAUUUCAAUCGGAAGACAUAAGCCCCCCGCCCGCUGCGCGAGAAAAAAUAGACCUGUUCAAAGGUAUCGAGCGUACGCUCAGCGAGCUGUUGAAAAAAGAAUCGCUCGAGGAGCAGGGGGAGGUGAAAACGUGCGAGCCGCGGGCGGCGCGCGCGGGAGAGGGGGCCGACACACCUGUGGCCGCAGUACGCCGCUCGCGCACGGACGGCCCGGACGGCUCCGCGCGCUUCACUAGCCGCGUUAUGAUAACGCACGAUCGCGUAUCCGUGGUCACGUCGGACACGACGCGGCUCAUGCGCGACAUCACCGUGCACCACACCAACCUGCAGGACGAGCGGGAGGCGCGCGCGCGCGACGACACGAACGAACGAAAUUCCGACGCCGAAUCGCCGCAACCUUCCGGCGGAGUGACCGUCGUCAGCAACGCCGACACUCUCUCGGCGGUCGUGUGCCUGGAGGAGGGGCUGGCGGACGACGACUCGUGGGUCGAGGACGUCAGCCCCGACGACGAGGAGGCCACCUCCCCGUCCGACUCUGACUCGGGCGACGAGGCGGCGCUGCCGACGAGGGGCGAGGACUUCGCCUUCUGCCGCCGCUCCCUAGACUUCACGCUGCACACGAUAGUCGAGGAGAGCUGCGAGGAGAGCGAGGCGGAGCAGGUGACGAAGAAGCCGCGACCCAUCUCCGCGACCGAGCUCGAGAAGUACUUCUUCUUCGGCCUGGGCGAGGGCAAAGUAGUGCGAGACGACGAGGAGCACGUCUCGGAGACCUCUAGCGUGUGUAGCGAGGGGGCCGAGUCCAUCGUCGACAUCGAGCAGCCGAAAAAUGCCAGCGACGGCGAUGAUCUCGUUUCGUCGCGCCUGGAGAAAUACUUCCUCUCGGGAUUCAUGGGUUUCAACCAGGAGAGGCGCGACUCGGACGGAUCCGGGAGCGUCGGGAGCGACAGCGAGGGCAAGCAGAGCCCGGAGCAGCGGCGGAAGCGGCUGGUUCGAGCCCGCGGGACGCCGCGAUCCCACUCCUCGUCGCUGGAUAACCUGCUGACCGGCGAGGAGCAGGCGCAGGAAAAUCAGGACGUCUCCGACGGCUCCAGCACGGAGACGGAGGACAGACACGAGUCCCUGGAGCGGCUGGACGCGUCCAACGAGAACAAGCGAAAGAAGCAGAAUAAAAAGAUGCGCGGGUCACCGGCCGACGAGCGCCGCCAGUCCGCGGAGUUCCCCGAGGAGGCGCGGGAGGACGCGAGGUCCGUAUCGGAGGGCGAGGACGGCCGGUCCUCGCCGCGCCCCGAGUUCCCCCCGCUGGGCUCGGAGCUCUCCGAGUCCAAGAAGCAGACGAGCCGAGACAGCGGCUUCGUAGGCAGCUGCGAUGACCUCCUGAGAAACGGCGACUCGAGCUCCGAGUUCUCCCGAUCCCACGAGCCUAAGGUCGAGUUGGAGGAGAUAAUCGAGGAGGUGCGACCCGACGUCGAGGAGCGCGUCGAGCGGCCGCCCUCGUCCCGGCCCCCGCCGAGCCCCCUCAGCCGGAAGGACAGCUUCAACAACUGGUCGUCCGACGAGGAGACGAAUCUUAUGAUGACGAAGAUGCGCCAAUUUUUCAAGCAGAUGGUGAACUCGAACGUGCGAACGUCGACGCCGGCGUCGAACUCGAACACGAAUUCGGAAACCUCGCGACCGCCUAAACCACCGCAACUACUAUAUUUCGAGAGCGAGUUGACGCGCCUGAUGAAGACCGUUCCCGGAAUCAGAGACGAGGAGGUGCGGGAAAUCGUCGAGUACCUGUCCAGCGAGGACACGUGGAGCGAUUCGUACGAUUCGUCCGACUACGCGGGCUCCGACUUGGAGGGAACGUCGGCCAACAGAUCGGCGCUGAGAAAGCAGAUCUCCGAGAGCUGUAGGGAGAUCAUAGACGAGUUCGACCGCGGCACCAGCGAGGCGGGGUCCUUGGAACGAGACGCGGUGGGCGCGUACCAGAGAUUGGCGGCGACGCUGGGCAGGGCGGGCGAGGGCUCGCCUCCUCUAUUCGGCAAGGUUAUGCGGCACAUCGGCGGCAGACUGGUGGCGCUGAUGCACGAGGUAUCAGCCGGCGCGUCGCCCAGCACAGACGAGGAUAGCGCGUCCGAACCCGGGGCGUUAGCGCGGAGCAAAUCCCACGAUAUUCUCGAAGCGGCGGCGAGUAGGGGUAGUGUGGCUAGUGACUGUGAGCGGUUCUCGUGGCGGGGGAGUUUCGAAUCGGCACUCCUCGCGGCGGAUUCGCGAGGGACUUUAGGGGGUGUGAGUGAGGCGAGGCGGUCCCCCGCAGGGGCGGAUCUAGCCGCGCAGAAAUCCCAUUCCCGAAGCUGUGGUGCUAUUAGUGGUAGUGAGGAUAGACUGUGGCGGGGACGACGACGCGCCUCCGCACCUGAUGCAGAGGAGGAGGAACAGCGGUCCGGCUCGCUCCCCCGCCUGCCGGUUUCUCCGGCCGGUCCGGUCAAGUCGGCCCGGUACCGCGCGCCCGGCUUCCGGACAGCCACGCGCGCGGCCUCCGCCCCCGGCCUCCACGUGCCCCGCCGGAGACGACACGUGCAACCGCCCGCGACCAACCAGGACGAUAUCUACAUAUCGGAUACGUCGACGCCGCACCAUGGCGCGACUCUGCCGCGCCGGUCCAACUCUCCGCUGCCUCAUGAGAGAGACUUCGACAGAGAGAGAUUCCCCAUCAACAGGAGUGGCCUGCAGGCGCGUUCGGAAUCCAUGGCGUCGGUCUACUCGGGCGCAGGGGAGGCGCGGGGCGGGGUGGCGGUGCGGGGGGAGGUGCAGUUCAGUCUGCUGUACAACUACCGGCUCGGCGCGCUCGAGGUGGGCGUGCGCGGCUGCCGGGACCUCGCGCCGGUUGACGUGAAGAGGAACCGGUCUGAUCCUUAUGUUAAGGUGUACUUGUUACCCGACAAGUCCAAGUCUGGCAAGAGGAAGACCAAGGUUAAGAAGAACACUCUCAGCCCGGUGUUCGACGAGACGCUGAGCUUCGUGCAGCCGCUGUCGUCGGUGUCGGCGCGGACACUAUGGCUGAGCGUCUGGCACGCGGACAUGUUUGGCCGGAACGACUUCCUGGGGGAAGUGAGGCUGCCGCUAGCCGAUAUCGUGUUCGAUGACCCCGCACCCGUGUGGUACAAGCUGCAUGAGCGGACGGAACAGUUCGACGAGCAGCAGGGUUCCCGUGGGGAUCUAAUCAUCGGCCUCAAGUUGGAGUUGCCCGACCCGCGGGGCAAGGGCACCCUGCGAGUCCUGGUGAAGGAGGCCAAGAAUCUUGUGGCCACCAAACCUAAUGGCCUGGCCGAUGUCUUCUGUAAGAGCUACCUCCUCCCCGAGCGCGGCCGCUUGGGCAAGCAGAAGACCGGCGUGUGCCGCCGCUCACUCUCCCCGCGGUGGGACCACGAGCUCGCCUACCGCGGCGUCACGUGCCAGCAGCUCGCGUCGCGGGCGCUGGAGUUGAGUCUGUGGGAUAGAGAUAGACUCGCGUCGAAUGAUUUCAUGGGCGCUGUGAGGCUGUCCCUUGGCACAGGCACCUACAUGGGCGCCAGCGUCAACUGGAUGGACAGCGUGGGCAAGGAGGUGACCCUGUGGCAGACCAUGCUGGACCGACCCAACUUCUGGGUCGAAGGCUCCCUGCCUCUGCGACCGCAAUUAAAUAACUAAGUUCCUACAUACGUAAUAAUACAGUUUGGUGGCGACAGAAGCAGUCGAAACUCGAUUAUCCGGACUUAUUGUUGUCGUUUUAUUAGUAAAUCCGGGUAAUUGAAUGACGGAUUUUCGAUGCUGGACCGGGGUAUACAAAUUUGAAGAUGUAGUAUUUGAACUAAACUGUGCAGUUUUUUUGUACGUAUGUAGCUGACUUAACUAGUUUUGUCUUUGCCGUUAAGUCUUGCUUAACGAUAUUUGUGUAAAACUUAUCAAUCUCAUUUUAACAUAGAAUACUCCUUUAUAUUUUCGAGUAAUGUGUGUACUAAAACACUAAUGUGUGCCAACGUUUAGAAUCAGAUUUCUAUUAUAUUUAGAGACUAUACAUUCCAACGUUAUACAAAAUAUAUUAUGACAAUAUCUUUUUUACUGCCUAUUAUGUAAGUUUCGCAUUUAAUAUAGACGUAUAAUGUACAAAACUAAGUUUGUCCUAAGCGUAUGCGCCGCAUACUGUGAUUAUACUGUAAGGUAUUUGUAUUUGAGGAUUUUUAAUAUUGUAAAUGGCAUAUUUAAUUUUUUAUAAAUAGGAUAUGACAUCGAAUGUUAUACAUACGUCCAUGAGUGGUAUAUAGCUACUUAAUUAAUAAUAAGUGCCUUUUAGUGUGAAGGAUAUUUUGUAUGAUGUGAAAACUGAAAGAUUGAAUAAAUUUAAAAAUAAUA